CAUAAUUCCUCUCGAUGAUAAGCCUUAUCCGUUAGCAUACAGGUAAAGUACCGACAGUCUAUUGGAACUUGCUAUUAGCGGCGAAUAGCGUUGCUAAGAUAUUUUGUGACGUCGAAAUACUUUAGCAGGUCCAAAAACCCUUGCUUGCAGAAUUGGCAACAGUUCUUGAAGGAAUUAUUCUGUAAGUUUGUGUCAGAAAUGUUUUGUUUUAUGUAUAAAAGUUGUGGGCGAGUGAAAGCAAGGACAGUCCUCGAAUCUCGAUCGAACAGUGAAUGUUAAAAGGCACUGAUCAAAUAAUACCUUAGAAGCAGACCACAGAGCCUCAUUAGCAAACACAUCACAGUGCACUUGGAUUAUGUGCAGCUUAAUCCUCCUGGAAACAUGGCUUCUUAAGUAAACGAUCGUGUGAAUGAAUUCAGCUCUGUUGUUAUGACUACCAAGCUGCGUGUGAUGUACACUUUGAUUACAUACUACAAUGCAAGUCUGGUCGCCAGAGAAAACUUCUGUGAAUUAAUUUCUAGUUUGUUUUGCCAGUGCUCCUGUAAAAUUAUUCAUGGUGUUUUCAAUGCUGUAUCUUCGACUCCUUGAUCGACAUCAGCCAACCAGUUCCUGAAUUCCAAGGUCCAAGAAGCAAAACAAAGAUUCGGCAACCAAUCUCGUGUUUAACAUUUAAGACAUUUUUUCAAUCGUCAAUGGAGAUUUCUCAGCUUUAUAAAACUUCAGGCUGUGAAUUUAUACUUAGUCAAUUCUUGACGAUGCGACAUUCAAUCGAUUUUUCUGCAAGCUAGAAAACAGAAAGUGUUAUGGACCGCCUGCCCAAAUCAGCGAGUAAGUCUAGUAUAGAAAAUGAUGUGAGCGAGUUGGAUGAAGACGACGUUGCUCCAAUGCAUCUAUCAACAGAUAUGGCGUUACACGAAUGUGCCAAAAAUGGCAGUUACAACGAAAUGAAAGCACUUUUAUCAAACAAAGAACUUAAUGUAAACGUGAUUCCAGAGAAGGAGGCAGCAUCUCAAGGUCUGAGUGCCUUGCAUUUGGCCGUAAGACACAACCAUAUGAAUUGUGUAAAGCUGCUUCUUGCACGUGGGGCUGAUGUAAACAUAGAAGACAACUUUGGAUUCAAGCCUGUACAUGAUGCGUGUCUCCAAGGAAACUUGGAGGUAUUGCAGCUACUGUUGCAUCACGGAGCGACUGCAGACGGUAUUCCAAAAGAUGGUCUUGGUCACCUAACACCGAUGCUGUAUGCAGCGCGUCAUAAUCACAUCGACUGUCUGAAGCGACUUUCAAAGAAAUUUGGUUUAGAUGAUGCGAUGCUCUGGGAUACGGCAUCGAAGAGAGGAAAUGCUAAAGUAUUGCAAUACUUAUCAGCAACAGAUAUUCCAGCUGAUAUGCUUCCUUCUUGGAUUCAUAAUUCUGCUGUUGGCGGACAAACUGAAUUUCUUAGUCGCAUUUUACAGACAACAGGUUUUGAACUGACAGAAGAAAUGGCCACUAUUGCUUUACUAACAGCUGCACAGCAUGGCCACACCCACUUUCUAGGAGCAUUAAUUGAUUAUGGGGUAAACCCAAACAUAUGUGGCAAAAACAAUGUAACUGCAUUGCACAACGCAGCAAGGUAUGGACAAGUCGAAAGCAUAGUUGAACUCAUACAAAGCGGUGCAAAUACUGAGUCUCUCACGGAUGAGCGAUGGACUCCUUUGCAUGUUGCUGUGAGGCAGUGCCAAGAGGAUGCAGUCACGACACUUAUUGAAAUGGGCGCCUGCAUCGAUUCAAAGGGAGGACCUCUCGAUGAAACUGCACUUCACCUAGCUGUCGUUAUUGGUGAUAUACCGGUGCUAAAGAGUUUGCUGCAAGGCAAUCCAAGUCUGCUGGCUCAAAACAAAAAUGGUAAAACUGUUCUUCAAUUGCAACUUAGAGGAAGCAUAAGGGAUCUGUUAAUUAAGCAUGCAAAAAGCUAGGAAAUAGUUGUUUAGAUUUCUCUGUUUGAUAUGGGAGGAAUUUUAAAGAGCGUUACUGUGUCUGUUUUUUAGACAUAGCAUUAGAACAGGGUCUUCAAAAUUAAUUGUCACAGGUAGAUACAAACAGUUAUUGCAAAAUAUUGGGGGGGGGAGGCUAUAGCCACGUUAGCCCAUUGACCGCGCGGUGCCUGGCAUUAACCCAUCUAAACCUCUUCUAUAUUUGUUUCAGUUUUUCACAUAACACCCGGUUCUUCUUUACCAUAAGUCUUCAAUCCUCUGCGAUGCAUGCACACCCACCAAUCAGCUACCACCCAAACCAUUUUACUUGCAGCAGUCAUUUUAAUUAAGCCCAACAUGCCGGGAUGAAAUCAAUUCCACAAAUUUAUAUACGAGAGGUUAAUGUCUUGAAUUUUGACAGAGCCCCAAAUACUAGGUCUCAGUUUUACCAUUUUACGGAACCGCAACAAAGAGACUUUAAACUUUGCGAGAUUUUGAGACUCUAAACAUUACAUAUCAAUGGACUGCUGCUUGUGGCGGGCUGUCUCUUGUGGGGUAAAAUAUAAGGUUAUUUUCUUGUAUUGGGCAGCAUUCCAUAUAUGUAUAUUGUAUCAUUUUGAUAUUAAAUUGUGUUGUUACUGUUUGACUUCUAACUGUUUCAUAAACUCCCCAUUUACAAAGAGCCUUCAAUUUUUGAGCUCAAUCCUUUGAAUAUUUCUUGACCUUUAAAAAUAUACAUCAACAAAUUAGUGAAUUGUCU